CGAGCAAAAAGUGUUGAAGGAGCAAACGUAGCCGUUCAAGCGUCCGGCCUCCAACUUUGACACACGAACAAUCUCCGGAGUCUACUAUAAUCUUUAUGCUAGUAAAGAUUAUAAUAGUAUAUUUAAUAUAAAGAUUAUUUUAGGGAUAAUAUAAAUCUUUGAGGAAGAGAUUAUCAUCUGAGGUAAUGAGUGUUGUGAAAGAAAGAGGUGUUGCAAUCCCCUUCUUUCAGCCAUUUAAGACUAGCUUUCUGUUUCCAGUACAGAAAUUCAUUGUUUAUAGCUUGAGUGUGGAGUGCUCUGAUUUGAUGAAGGUUGCUUCUGUUGGCAGCAGUAGGUUCUUUAUCAAAAGUGUCCUCAGCUUCUUGAAGUCUCAUUUCCAGGUCUCUGGCUUUGUUGAAGAUAUUUCCAAAGCUGGUUUUGUUCCAGUUCUGAAUGUGCUUGGAGAGACCUUAGAAGUUAAGAAGGAUGUGUGCAUUGUCAAUGAGAGUGACAGAGAAAGCUUUGAAGCCAAUGCGUUCCAGGUUUUGUCUAAUGAAAUCAAGGCUAGGUCUCCCAAAGUAGAAAGAUCCAACCAAGGCCUUAGAAAAUCUAGAUGCCAGAAGACAUACCUCUUCAUUAGUGAAGGCAAUACAUGGAAUUCCUUUGUGUUUAUCCACUUGCCUGGGGGGAGAGUAAUGGGAGGGAUCUUGUUUGCUGCUGAAACAGUGGCUGCUGCAUAGCUCUUCCCUAGCUUUGCUGGUCCAGGAAAGAGUGAAGAGUUGAUGGAGGGGAAGGGGUUGUUGGAGGAGGAAGCAACUCCCAAGUUCAACCAGCCCUCUACUGAUGCAAACAACCUGCAACAAAGAAAAAGCUACGCUGCUGCCAUCAUAGCUUCUACACAUGAGGAAAAAUAUUGAUGAACAGAAUCACACACUCAAACAAUGCAGUUUUAGUAAACAAAUCUGGACACACUUU